CCCGCGCCCGGCCCAUUGACAACCCUUGAUAUAAUGACUGUCGGAGUGUGAAAUAACUCUCCAUCCACGUCCAUGCCGGUAUUAUAUUAUAAAAACAGCGGAUUAGGUGUUACCGGGUGAUACCUUUUUAGAUGUUAAACUUACCACGUGGGGCUCACCUUGAUGAAUAUUUUCUAUAUCCACGCCGUCCAUCACUUUUCUCAGCUCAUUUUAAUAUGUUAACACAAAACUUAAACAGAUCCAUAUCUCCAGUGGACCACACCACUGAAAAAGUGAUAAAUAACCAUUAAAAACUUUUUUUAAGCCACAAAAAAUUUGAAUCAACUGAUCUUUGUAUUUUCUCUUUAUCCAUCCAGAUCUUUUUGACCUUUUCAACCGGUUUGAUGGUAAAUAAACAUCACGAAUCUUGGUGCCUGGGGAGUUUUAAUAGUGGCCGUUCAAUCACCACUUUUCCUGAGGUGUGGUCCACAUGAGAUUUAGAUCUAUUCAAUUUUUUUCAACACGCUCUUAAAAGGUCUGAAAAAACAGAUGUACGGCGUGGAUAUACAACAAAUCAUCAAUGUGGUCCCCACGGUAGGGGUAACACCCACUAAGGUGUCACCCUGUAACUCCUAUUCCGCCCCCAUCUACGAGAUACUGCCCGACGUUCAUUUAGUUCUGUUUUCCCAUAGACUUUUGAGAGAGAAGGAGAGAGUCUUGGGGGAGAGAAAGAUGAGUUUAUCUUCCGAAGACAAUGGCAUCGUGAUAAUCGGUGCCGGUAUCGUUGGCCUUGCUACAGCCCUUGCCCUUCACAGGAAGGGUAUUUGCAGUGUAGUUUUGGAAAGAGCUGAUGCUCUGCGGUCCACGGGAGCAGCAAUCGGCAUCCAAGCCAACGGCUGGCGGGCACUUGAUCAGCUGGGUGUGGGGCCCACUCUUCGAGAGAAAGCUAUUCGUUUACGAGUGUUAAGAGAGAUUUACCUCGACAACGGGCAGACAGAGGAAGCACUGCUAGGGAAAGAAGAGGGACGCUACUUGUUGAGGAGUGAUCUCCUCCAAGCACUUUUUGAUUCCCUACCGGCCAGAACGGUCCGCUUUGGCUGCCAAAUCAUCAAGGUCAAAACAGAUCCAGGAACUUCCCACUCAACUCUUCAAUUCAAUGAUGGUAGUGUGGCCAUUGCUAAGAUUUUAAUUGGCUGUGACGGAGUAAACUCAAUUGUUGCGGAAUCACUCAAGCUAAAGCCUACAAGACAGUACCCUAUCGGUGCAGUGAGGGGGAUUACAAAUUACCCAAACGGUCAUGGAUUCAGCAAUGAUCACAUCCGCAUAAAGAAAGGAAAUGUUCUUGUAGGGAGAGUUCCAGUCGACUACAAAAUCGUCUAUUGGUACAUAGCUCGGCCACAGCUUCCUGGAGAUUCUGAAAUAUUAGGGAAGCCUGAGCUCAUCAGACAAGAUGCACUGAAAGCAAUGGAGGGAUGCCCACAAGAAUAUUUGGAAAUGGUGGAGAACAGUGACGACUCGGAUCUGUCGUUUACCAAGGUAAGUUACAGAGCACCAUGGGAUCUAGUACUGGGAAAGUUCCGAAGAGGCACGGUGACUGUGGCGGGGGACGCCAUGCAUGUGAUGGGCCCGUUCCUUGGGCAAGGCGGUGCAGCUGGCCUAGAAGAUGCGGUUGUGCUUGGAAGAUGCCUAGCGAGAGAGCUGUUCAUGGGGCCCAAUGGAGAUUAUGAUGGGAGGAAUCUGGUGAAUAGAGUUUGGAAGGCAUUUGAUGAAUACGUGAAAGAAAGAAGGGUGAGGGUGGCAAGAUUGUCAUUGCAGACAUACCUUACUGGAGUUUUGGUGGCAACCUCAUCUACGUUUGUGACUCGAUUGGUUCUCCUUGCUCUACGGAUUUUAUUCCGUAAUGCAUUUAGUCAUGCUGAAUAUGACUGUGGUCGACUCUGAAAUUGUGGGUUCUCAAUACGAUAGUCUUCUUUCCCUAUUAAGGUGCUAGUCAUGCAUGUAGGAUUGUUUGUGCAAGUGCCAGUGUGGCACACAUGCAAGGACUGAGAUGUUAAUUAGGUGGACCCACUGUGCAACUUGGGCAGAAAUCCAAGCAGGUUCACUCAUUUGGUGGGAUACACAAAUGGGUGACUGAAAAUUUUGAGAAACGGUCCUGGUUUUCUAUAGAAGUGUAGCCUACCUAAUGAGCAACCCAGUCCAGUGGGAUCCACCUAAUUGGAAUCCUGGAUCACCGACAUACACCACACUGGCAUAUAUUCCCACCAGUAGGAUUAUGUUCUGGUCGUUGAGUAGACAUGGCAUUUCUCCUCACUGUAUCCAUGUACUUCUACUUUUGUCUGGCAUUCACGUUAGUAUCUGUGUUUCUUUCAUGUAGCAGCAGCAUUCUACUAGCUAGACCUGAAACCAAUGGACUCUUUGGGCUGUGAAAUCAUGAAUAAAUACUUUUUCUUGGAUCGU